AUGAAAGCAGCAGAUCCGAAGCGAAUCUGGUAUCUCCCAGUCGGAGCGGUUAUGAAUCCCAAGAAACCGGGGAAAGUCCGAGUCAUCUGGGACGCUGCGGCCAAGGUGAACGGCGUAUCGUUAAACAGCAAGCUCCUCAAAGGCCCGGAUCAACUGACGUCUCUUCCGGCAAUACUUUUUCGCUUUCGGUUGUAUGGGGUGGCCGUUACUUCGGAUAUCCAAAAGAUGUUCGAUCAAAUCCGAAUUCGUAAAGAAGACAGGGACUCUCAACGUUUCCUAUGGCGUGCAAAGCCGACCGAUGCUCCCACGGUCUACGUGAUGGACGUAGCUACAUUUGGAAGCACUUGCUCACCGGCGUCAGCGCAAUUUAUCAAGAACCGGAAUGCGGAACUACACAGCGAGCUCUAUCCAGAGGCGGCAAAAGCGAUUGUCGACGACCACUACGUCGACGAUUAUUUGGCGAGUUUUAGCUCAUGGGAACAGGCAGCAAAGGUGACAUGCGAUCUGCGGCUCGUGCAUGGCAACGGCGGAUUCAACUUGCACAACUGGCGGUCUAAUAGUGCCUCGGUUCUAGAAGCGCUGGGAGAGGCACCUCUUGCGUCGGUCAAGCAGAUAAGUUUGGCUGACAGCGAGAAAACCGAAAGAGUUCUCGGAAUGCUGUGGAGUCCUUCGAGCGACGAACUGAGCUUCUCUACCCAGAUGAGUGAAGAAGUCCAAUCCCUGAUCAAUACAGUCACGAGACCGACGAAAAGGCAAGUGUUGCGUUGCGUGAUGACCCUAUUCGACCCUUUAGGAUUGCUCUCGCCAUUCAUCAUUCACGGAAAGGUCUUGAUCCAGGACCUAUGGCGAGCAGGCACUUCGUGGGAUGAGCAAGUCAAUGAAGCAAUCUACGCGAAGUGGCACAGAUGGGUGCAGAUGAUCGGUUACAUCGCGGAUAUACGAAUCCCGCGGUGCUACUUCCGAAACGCCGACCAGUACACGUACCAAAACUCAGAGCUCCACGUUUUUGUCGACGCAAGCGAGGUUGCGUACUCUUGCGCGAUUUAUCUACGCACUCAAAGUGAGGGUGGUGACUCACAAUGUUGUCUAAUCGCCGCUAAAUCGAAAGUCGCCCCGCUGAAGCCCUGGUCAAUUCCGAGACUCGAGCUGCAAGGCUGUGUCUUGGGAGUACGAUGGUCGAAAUUCGUCAAGUCAGAACUCAAUAUUCCCAUAUCUGAGAUGGUGUUCUGGUCAGAUCCCAGAACGGCUUUGGCCUGGAUCAAAUCCGACCCAAGGAAUUAUCGACAAUUCGUCUCGUUCAGAGUAGGAGAGAUUCUGGAGCAUACAACUUCGAACGACUGGCGGUGGGUACCGUCGAAGGCCAAUCCGGCGGAUGAGGCUACCAAGUGGGGAAGCGGCCCGUAUUUCGAUAGAAAUAGCAAGUGGUUUCAAGGACCACAUUUUCUGCGACUUCCGGAGAACGAAUGGCCUCGUUCGAGCGAUCAAGUGUCUACUACCAGCGAAGAAAUGCGUGCAUCGAUUCUGUACCACUGUUCCUUCGAAUCCCCGAUAGAUUUCGACAGAUUUUCAUCGUGGAAUCGAAUGCUGCGAGCGAUAGCGUACGUCUUGAGAUUCCUGAACAACUCGAAUAAGAAGCGAUCAUUGCGCACUGGGCAGCUAUCCCAAACAGAACUCCAAUUAGUGGAAGUAACACUCUUCAAAGCGGUGCAGCGUGAAACAUACCCUGACGAGAUCACGGCGUUAUGCAACAAGGCACCGAACGAGAGUGGGCAGGAGGUCAUAGGAAAACAUAGCUCGAUCUUCCAGCUGUUGCCGAUGCUGGACAACAGCGGUCUGCUGCGCGAGCGUGGACGGAUCGGGUCUGCUGAAGAUAUACCGUUUAAUGUACGCCAUCCGAUUAUCCUUCCUAGGAACCACCGAGCUACCGAGCUGCUGGUGUUAGAUUAUCACCAACGUUGCCAGCAUGGGAACUCUGAGACAGUGGUGAAUGAGAUACGCCAAUUCUACAACAUCCCAAGACUGCGAUCGGUGGUGAAGAAAAUUUGUCGGGACUGCGCACUGUGUAAAGUUCGCCGAGCCAGGCCAGCUAUACCACCGAUGGCGCCACUUCCUGCGGCGCGACUUGCCCACCAUGAACGAGCGUUUACCUACACUGGUGUGGAUUAUUUCGGGCCGCUGGUAGUCAAGCUGGGAAGAUCCAAUGUGAAGCGGUGGAUUGCAUUAUUCACUUGCCUAACAGUACGUGCUGUUCACUUGGAAGUAGCGUAUACAUUAUCAACCGAGUCCUGCAUAUCCUGCGUUCGCCGAUUCGUUGGCCGCCGAGGACCGCCCGCCGAGUUCUUCAGCGACAACGGGACAAAUUUCCAAGGGGCGGAUCGAGUGCUGCGACAUCAAAUUAGUCAGGGACUGUCUACAACGUUCACCGGUACCAACACCAAAUGGAACUUUAUUCCGCCAGGAGCACCCCACCUGGGCGGAGCGUGGGAGCGCUUAGUUCAGUCGGUGAAGGCAGCCAUGCAAGAAGCAUAUUCGGAGGGAAAGCUCAACGACGAGGGACUGCAGACGCCGGUCGUGGAGGCUGAAAGAUUGGUCAACUCAAGGCCUCUGACGUAUUUGCCACUAGAAGCUGAGGAAUCCGAGGCGAUAACGCCCAAUCACUUUUUGCUGCUUAGCUCUAACGGAUUGAAACCUCAUAGUGGGGAAAACGAUGCUUCAGAACACGGACACUAUCCCGAGUUGGUCCGUCGCGAAAUACUUGGAAGAACAUGGGAGCUGAUUCAACGCCAGCUGGAUGUAUUCUGGAAGCGCUGGUUGGUUGAAUACCUGCCGGUGAUUCGUCGGCAUCCAAAGUGGUUCGAGGAAACUCGAAUGCUACGAGCAGGAGACUUGGUCAUGGUAGCUGAGCUGACAAAGCAAAAUGAAUGGGAGCGUGGACGGGUCGUCCGUACUGUCCCAAGUCCGGACGGCCGACAUCGACGAGCGUUUGUGCAGAUAGGGAGGAAAACUCUGCUGAGACCUGUGUCACGGUUAGCCCUACUCGACCUGAGAGAUGACAGUGAAGGUCCGGAGAUCUCCGGACUACACCCGGGGGAGGCUGUUGAUGCAGGAAAGGGCGAACUGGCAACCCUGGACACCAACGAAAGGGCUGUCAACGUCAACGAUGUCAGUCAUCCACAUUGA